AUCUACGCCCACGCAGCUCCGCCUCUUACUGGUUACUAUCACGAGCGCUGGGCGGGGUUACGUGUAAUCCCCUCCUUGAUGGGCGUGUCCAUGUGGUCGUAGAUUUUAAAUCCCAGUAGGCGGCAUCGUACGGCAGUGUGUGAUCAGAGCUCUAGGAGGGAGGACCGUGCGGUUACAGCGGAGUUAUACACAGGACCGUACAGAAUGCUGAAGAACUGCGGGAGGAAGCUUGUGCUGUCCCUGGUGGGCGCCACCCUCACCUGCCUGCUGGUACUUAUGGUGCAGCAGCAGGUCAGGCAGGUGGUAGUGGUGGAGCUGCCGGAGGUGGAGACCCCGUCCCGGCCGGUGCUGGAGGGUAAACCCGCUGCGGAGGAGCGAGAAGCAUCAGCUGCCACUUCCAAGACCUUCUCGGCUUAUAUCAACAAGCUGACCCGGGUGAGGAGGGACGUGGAGCAGGUGGGCACCCCGUCUGCACAGGGGGACAGCCACCCCCCAGCCGAGGACAUCACCGCCAGCGAUGUCUUCAUAGCCGUCAAGACCACCAAGAAGUUCCACCGCUCCAGGAUGGACCUCCUCAUGGACACCUGGAUCUCCAGGAACAAGGAGCAGACUUACAUAUUCACCGACGGGGAAGACGAAGAGCUGCAGAAAAAGACAGGAAAUGUCAUCAGCACAAACUGCUCCGCCGCUCACAGCCGUCAAGCCUUGUCCUGCAAAAUGGCCGUGGAGUAUGACAAGUUCAUAGAGUCCAACAAAAAAUGGUUCUGCCAUGUGGACGAUGAUAACUACGUCAACAUAAAGACUCUGUUAAAACUGCUCUCUCGCUAUUUACAUACCAAUGACGUCUAUAUUGGGAAGCCCAGCUUGGAUCGGCCCAUUCAGGCAACCGAGAGAAUUAACGAAAGCACGAUGCGUCCUGUCAACUUCUGGUUUGCCACUGGAGGAGCUGGCUUCUGCAUCAGCCGGGGGCUGGCGUUGAAAAUGAGUCCAUGGGCAAGUGGCGGACACUUCAUGAACACAGCAGAGAAAAUCCGACUUCCCGAUGACUGCACCAUUGGUUACAUCAUAGAGUCCGUGUUGGGUGUGAAAUUGAUCAGAAGCAACCUCUUCCAUUCUCAUUUGGAGAACCUGCACCAAGUUCCUCAAAGUGAAAUCCACAAUCAGGUGACGUUAAGUUACGGAAUGUUUGAAAAUAAAAGAAACGCUAUUCUGGUGAAAGGGGCUUUUCCGGUUGAGGAGGAUCCUUCAAGAUUCCGAUCCAUCCAUUGUCUGUUGUAUCCAGACACUCCCUGGUGCCCCAAGAAUAUUGCCUAUUAGAAGACUGCAAAUCUUCUUCAACCUCGUCCCAAGUUUCCCUGGUAUCCGAAGGGCUAUGUGGGACCUGUACGUGUUACCCUUGCUGUGAACGUCGCCGAUUUCUGGUGCUGUGCAUGGAACGCACAGUGUUUCGUUUCAUAGGCUGCUGUGCGGCCGGUUACUGUCCCUGCUUGAGCAGCCAGUGACAGCUUAUCUCUACAGAGCACCUCCUCGUGUGGCUGAGAGGUGUGCGGACUUAUGGAACAGAGCCUGUAGACUGACACACACGGUGCUUGUGUGUCACGUGGCUCGGUCAAAGACUUUUAUCAAAUUGCUUUGCAGUGUCUGCGUUCUUAUAGAAUGUGUGCUAAAGACCUGCCUGCUAAACCUUUGCUUCUUGUGAGCUACCUAUAGUUUAUUUACUUAAGAAAAAAAACAAAAAAAAAUGCUUUCCCUAUAGUGGACCAAAGCUUGAAGCACCAUUUCUCUUGAGCGAAAACCCAUGUUCUGAUGUUCCCUAGCGACUUAAAGAUUUUCACUGUUUGGUACUUCUAAUACCAGCUUGUAAUAAUCCCAGCAGGACCUUCUUGGUGCUACUAGUUUUUUAAUUCUAGGUCAUGCGCGCAGUUUUGGGAAAGUUUUAAGUUCUUCUACAGAACGUUAUCCUUUAAAUUCUUUAGGCUCCGGAUGUAUGCCCAAAUGAAGACCCCCUUCCUCAUAUAGAGAUAUAUAUAUAUAUUUUUUUAAUUUGAUUGUAUUUAGGCUCCGGUCCCAUCACGUUGGAGUGUUCCUCCGUGUAGGUCCCGAGACGAUCUCCAUUGGGGAACAUUACAUCGGAUAGAACUGAAGCUCUACUAGGUUCCUGCCGGUGUUCUGCGUGGUAUUCGCUGCAGUUUUGGUUGGGAAUCUGGUAGCACUUUUCAUGGCACUUUGAUUUAUUAUCUAGAGCUGGACUCUAAAAGCACCUUAAGCUGCCACAUUGAAAUAGGUUGAAACGUUGAGGACGUUGAGAGCUUCCACUAUGGUUCAUUAAUGGUCUACAAAAGUAGACUAUUAUUGGUGGCCUGAAGAACAAGGGCUUCAGUGACUCCUCAAGGCAACCUCAUUUUUGAGGUUAAAAAGUUUCGGUGCUAAAACUCUGCCAGUAAGUACCGUACUCACGAAGAACCAGACUAUAAAAACUGAAAAUUAACAAAUGGGCCCAUAACCUAUAUAGUAUAAGGCUGAAUUAUAGUACAGCUUUAUAGAACGGCACCUCGCCAUUACCUGUAGAAUCGGUUGGUCUUCAAAAUGGGUCCAAGCCUUUUUUUUUUUUUAAAUGCCACUGUGCUAUUGGGUUGAGGUCAUGUGACCGCAUCCUAGCCAAUAGCAGAUAGACCUACCCUGUUAUUCCUUGUCCGCCCCCAAGCCAUUAUAGUUUGCAUUGUGCCCAUCAGAACUCUAUGCAAAAAGCACGUUCUCAUCUGGAAACAACUUUUUCAGCGUUUUGCAGAGCACACAGCCCCUUCAAGGACCGGCCCACUUUGCCGAUUUUGCCGCAGAGUUUUACGGUCUAACUGCACAGUUGUGUUCUGCACAGAUGCUUAUGCCACUUAAGUUUCCAGACAUCCAAGGGUUAUCCCAAUUCAGUCUAUUUAAUGGCAGAGUUUUACGGCAGCUUCAAGGUGACACUUUGGGGGUUGAAUAUUAUUGCUCAUAGUGGGCGUUUAUUGUAUAUAAUGUAAAGAUGCAGUAAUUUUUUACUGCGGAUCUCAAAUUUUUUUUUUUUUUAAAUGUAUCUAAUGAAUUUAUCUAUUUUUUUUUCUGUUGAUCAGAAAAUGUAUGGUUUAUCGAAAAAUGAAAUCUGUUCUAUCUUAAACUCGCUUGCAAUUAAAUUAUCCCAGUAUCUGGGGAAUUCUUGGUUAUAGGAAUUUUUUUUUUAUUUUAAAUCUAAAGAGAAUUAACCGUUUGUUCUCAGGGGAAUUAUACCUGGUGUCAGGGUGAUUCUGAUGUAUGUCAUUCUCUGCUUAAAAUAAAGCAGUUUUUUUG